CCUCUGCAGAAUGGGGACAACAGAAAUCCCCACCCUUGUCUGGGGCCAACAUGGGCUAAGUGACCGGUACCUAAGCCUCCGGAGCAGAGCUUGGCACAGAGUGCGGCCACUCCCGGCCUCUCUGCAGGACUCUGAGCCCAAGCAGGGGCCUCAGGUGCAUCACGCUCCUGUCCUGGGCCUCGGGUGACUUAGCUGGGACCCAGGUGUCCAUGUGGCCUUUCCUCGGCAGGGUGACAGUCCCCACUGGGCUGCAGGUGGGCAGGUGGUGACACUGCCCCAACCUGUGACCUCACCCCCAGGCACCAUGGAACCCUGAGGCGUCUGUGAGGUCACACAUUCCGCUCCCAGAGAUGCCGCAGCCCGUUGAGAGAGACACAGAGCAUCAGGGUCUGAGGACACUCCAGGUGCCGACACGGAGGCCAGGACAGGGUGCAGGAUCACAGUGGGAGCCAGACACCACACAUCCAACACUUCCACGGGCCCACGACGCCCGGCCUGGCACGGGCCCCACCCUGCUGCCAGGCCGCCAUGGUCUUCGGCUGGCUGCAGCUGCUGCUGCUGGUGACGGUGCUGCCUCAGGGCACGACGGGCAUCAAGGACUGUUUCUUCUGCGAGCUGACCGACUCCAUGCGCUGCCCCGGCACCCCCAUGCACUGCGGGGACGAGGAGGACUGCUUCACGGGCCGCGGGGUGGCCCAGGGUGUGGGGCCUGUCAUCAACAAAGGCUGCGUGCGUGCCCCCAGCUGUGGCCGCGAGGAGCCUGUGAGCUACAUGGGCCUCACCUACAUCCUCACCACCACCUGCUGCUCCGGCCACCUGUGCAACCACGGCCCAAGCCCCACGGGCCACCCGACGGUGACAGCCACCGCCAGCCUGGUGCUGGGCCUGCUGCUGCUCCCACACCUGCUGUGAUCCCAGGCCUGGGACUGGUCUCCCCCCACCUGAUCCCUUCCCCCCAUUAAAUGGCCAGAGGCCCUGGACAACUUCCUGUGGCCCUCGCUUCAUCUGUUUGAGGGCCAUGCGUCAGGAGCUGCGAGCUCAGAGCGGCGCUGUAGUGUACUUUUUGUCUUUUUGUUUUUCUUUUUGUUUUUGUUUCUGGAGACAGGGUCUCCCUUUGUGGUUCAGGCUGGUCUUGAACUCACUGUGAAGCCUAGGCUGGCCUUGAAAUUGCAGCGAUUCUCCGAUUCUCCUGCCUCGGCCUCCCGAGUGCUGGGAUUACAGGCGUACAACAUCACGAUCAACUGUAUUACUGCACUUCGUUGGCUCUAAGAGGCGUAUUUUUUCACACUGGGAUCAAGAUAUUUCUUUCCACUGGUGGCACCUUAGAGCUGAUGAAAUAUGGCAUGAAUGAGCACUGCUUAUGUGAUGGGCCAGGCACCAUGCUCUCUCCGAAACUCCCUUGAGGUUGGGAAGGUGGACACCCUCCACUCCAAGGCACUCUAGGUUAGGUAGCAGAGGUUUUUCUGUGUUUUGUUUCUUUGCAGGCACUAGGGAUUGAACCCAGGGCCUUGGUACUGAGCUACAUCUCCAGCCCUUUCUACUUUUUGAGUCAG